CGGCUUUUAUUUUUGUCCAGAGAUGCCAGAGUGUCGCACAAAAAAUCAGCUGAUUUUCAAAUAUUUUGAUUCCAACAAAUGGUUAUAUAUGUAUGUGUGCCAGCGACAUGGUCAACAUCACUUCAGUUCACAAAAGCCACAGGCCCGCCAAGUCAUACUUAAACGGGUUCGGCCAGCAAAAAGUAAAAGUUCCUCGUCCGCGUGUGAGUGUAAUUGUAAAAUAAUGAGUUUAAUUAUCGUAUUGCUCAAGACGUUGUUUGUACUCGUACUGGCUGCCCCCUUCGGGUCACACCCUGUGGACGCCUACGAUCCCAAUGAUCCGAAGAUAGCCGAGUGCUGCCUGCCGCCUGAGGGGAACUUCGAGGCAUUCUAUCCGCGGGAAGUGGACGGCGUCCCAAAUAGCGCCUCCCGUCCUGCCCACGGACAUGGCAGCUUCUUCAAGCACCGUAAUCCCGCGCUGGUGGACACCAAGAAUGCAGCUGCGUACGGCUAUCGCUUUGAUGGCAAGAGGCGUUUCAAUUUCGACUAGCUUUGCUCAGCCUCCCAAUCUGUAUUAUACUCAAUAAAGCCCAUUUGAAAACGAAAAUAUAGAGAUUUGUCACUGUAACGGAAAAUCUAACUGCUAGAGGGCUGGCAACCCUGUCACUCAUGCA